CUUAAUCAAUUAACUGAAUUACCCUCCCGACAGCAACUGUUCACUCUGGAUCAUAGCGCUACUUGAAGCGCAACCUCCGCGCUUGUCGCCUCUACUCGACUAGCGGACUUGCACCAAGGAAUACUCAAUUCCAAAAGCUUGUUCUUGUCGACCACCCUCCGCGGAGGGACGGUCCUGACGCUCAAAUUCGCCGCGCGAAACAUAACUAUAAUAUACAACUACUCUUAUCUCCCUGCAUAUAGUCUAACUCCGAUUUUCCAAACGACGUACAUAGACGAACCGAACUAUCAUCAUCAGAAAUGUCCUCCCACUACAAUACUGAGCCGCCACCAACGGCGUCCGCGACGCUGCACACGACCGUCGGACCGCUCCACAUCUCCCUCUUCGCGAAACAGACCCCUCUCGCAUGCAAAAACUUCCUCCAACACUGCCUGGACGGCUACUACGUGGGCACGAUUUUCCACCGCGUAGUACCCAAUUUCGUCAUCCAGGGCGGAGACCCCACGGGGACAGGAUCCGGGGGUACGUCCAUCUACGAAGAGCCGGAAUUCGAAUACGAUCCGGAAGGACGAGAUCCGAACGAGAAGGUCGUGUUCAAGGAUGAAUUCCACAGUCGGUUACGCUUCAACCGGCGUGGUCUGCUGGGUAUGGCCAAGGGCGAGGAUGGUUCUUACGGGAGCCAGUUCUUCAUCACGUUAGCGAACACGGAGCGUGAGAUGAACAACACCUGUACGCUCUUCGGGCGCAUUGAAGGCGACAGCAUCUACAAUGUGGUGAAGAUCGCGGAUGCGGAAUUAGUGGAGGGGACAGAACGGCCGGUCUACGGAAUAAGAAUUACUGGAAGCGAGGUGAACGACCUCGGGCCGUUUGAGGGCAAGCUCAGAAAAAGAGACAAGGUCGCCGUGGCCGAGAAGAAAGAGGAGGAAAGGCCGGUGGUUAAGAAAAAGAAGAAGGCCAAGGGUGGAAAGACGCUGUUGAGUUUCGGCGGAGAUGAGGCGGAGGAUGAGGACAUGCCUGCGGUGCCUGCGAAGCCGAAAUUCAAUACGAAGCUCGUCUCCGACGGGGGCGUGCUGGAGAAGGAACCUAAAACGAAGGCCAAGAAGGAAGAGGAGAAGGAAACGACAGAUGCAGUGAAGGCAGAGCCAGAACCACGGCCGCGGAAACGACAACGAUCAAAAUCACCGUCCCGUAGUCCAGAGGAUCGCAGACACCGUCCAAAGACACCCGAUCCUAAUCUGCAAUUACCAUUGCCUAAUCCAGAGGAGCCUUCUCGAUCCCCGCCUAGGUCACCCACUCCGCCACUGCGAAAAUCUGCGCUCGAAAAAGCCAAUGAGGAGAUCGCCUCUCUGAAGGCGUCCAUGAAACGAAACAUCGCUACCGCCCCUGUCGAAACAGGGAGAAAGAAAUCCGCGCUGGAAGAGAUGAUCCCAGAGACGUCGAUCCGCGGUCGCAGACGUCCACCUCCAGGCAGCGCCAGCGGCGUGGGCAAGGGGAGCAGCACGAAUGGCUUGACGGGCUUCAGCAGCCCCGCUGAAGCAGAGGCUCUCAAGCUCUUCAACGCCUUCAAGGCACGUCUCGAAAGCGCUGACGCCCACACUCAUCACAACGAAACGCACAAAGGGAGAAAAUCCAGUACUGCAGAGCGGCAAAAUGACGCAGGCGAAGAGGACGAAGAAGCUCAACUCUGCGAUUUACAUUUCAUCGCAAACUGCCAGUCCUGCAAGGCAUGGGACGAUCCGGAGGCAGAAGCCAAAGAAGCCGCUGACGACGAUGACGAUCACAGCUGGAUGACACACGAACUGCGCUUUGGCAAGGACAAGUUCGGAAAGGACCUUAACUGGAAGAAACAGCAUGAGGAAGCGGACUCGUUAGUAGUGAUUGAUCCGCGACAAAGAGAGAAAGAAAUCGUCGGCGAGCGGCGAAAAGGCAGAGUCAGCGCGCGGGAUCAAGAGCGAGAAUUGAAGCGGGGUCGGACGGGAGAUCUAGAAUGGGAUCGCGAGCGGAGGCGGUGAUAGGAUAUAACUAGCAGCUAGGAUCUCAAUCUACAUAAUAUAAUAUACAUACCGGCGGAGCGGAGCGGAACCACAUUCCCCGCCUACUGGACGAACAAAAAGAGUAAAGCAACGUAUGUAUAUAUCUGUAGCCACCAAUAGUCUCUACUUUGAUUAGUAUGCAG